GGAAAUCCUCUCUCUCUCUCUCUCUCUCUCUCUCUCUCUGUUUUUCUCUCCAUCUGUGUCACUCAGAAUAUAUAUAUAUAUGAAUCAAUCGCCUGCCCAGGCUACCAACCUACAAGUUUUCGCUUUGAAUAGAAAGUAAAAAGCCCUGUAUAGAAGAAACAGAUUUAAAAAAAAAAAAAGAACCCAUUCCUUUCUCUUUUUGUUUCAUUUUUAUCCAAUACCAAAUUCUUACUCACCCAUCAAACUCGGAAAUUCUUUUCCAAAAGUACACCGCAAUCUUAUUCUCCUUCUUUCUUGGUUCGCAUAUUCCCCGUUUUAAGGAAUCCGGCGGCAGGUUACUAAAGGGCGCUCCGUUGUUAAAUGGGGGUUUCCUUUUCUUGCCCUCUUGCUGACUACAAUGAUGUAGAAAAAAAUUUAGAAUCUGUUGUUGUAAAAUCCAUCUGCUUUGGAGAUGAAGAUGUAAGAACUCCAGUUAGAUCUGUCAGUUUCAACCAUCAUGAUUCAGAACCAACAAUAUUUAAAUCCUUAGGUUCUGGAAAAAUGACAGUAGAAACAUCCGUCUCCUUUAAAGGGACAGAAUUGGAGAAAAUGGUCUUGGUUAAGGCUCUUUCACUGGAUAAAGAAAAGAAUAUGACCAAUGAAUCAAUCAGCCAAAAUAGGAAAGAGAUGGAUAUUCAAUCCUCAAGAUUGGAUAAUCCUCAAGCUUUGGAUCCCUCCAGUCCCAAACACAUGGCUGCUUUAAAACUGCAGAAAGUGUACAAAAGCUUCCGAACCAGAAGGAAACUGGCAGACUGUGCAGUUCUUGUUGAACAGAGCUGGUGGAAGCUUUUAGAUUUUGCUGAACUAAAGAGGAGUUCCAUAUCAUUUUUUGAAAUUGAGAAACAUGAAACCGCCAUCUCAAGGUGGUCUAGAGCAAGGACAAGAGCAGCCAAGGUUGGCAAGGGUUUAUCAAAGAAUGAUAAAGCGCAAAAGCUUGCUUUACAGCACUGGCUUGAGGCGAUUGAUCCAAGGCAUCGAUAUGGUCAUAAUCUUCACUUCUAUUAUGUGAAAUGGCUCCAUUGUCAGAGUAGAGAACCUUUCUUCUACUGGCUAGACAUAGGAGAAGGGAAGGAAGUAAAUCUUGUUGAAAAAUGCCCUCGGUCAAAACUUCAACAGCAAUGCAUCAAGUAUCUGGGUCCGAUGGAAAGAAUGGCAUAUGAAGUUGUUGUGGAGGAUGGAAAAUUCUUCUACAAGCAAUCAGGGGAGCUCCUCCACACAAGUGAAGAAGGUGGAAAUGCCAAAUGGAUAUUUGUCCUUAGCACGUCUAAGAUCUUAUAUGUUGGCAAGAAGAAGAAAGGUACAUUUCAGCAUUCCAGCUUCUUGGCUGGAGGAGCCACAUCUGCUGCUGGGAGAUUAGUCGUUGAAAAUGGCAUCCUAAAGGUAGUUUGGCCUCACAGUGGUCAUUAUCGGCCUACAGAAGAAAAUUUCAAAGAUUUUAUCUCAUUCCUCCAAGAGAACAAUUUGGACCUCACGGAUGUCCAGAUGAGUCCAGUUGAUGAGGAAGAGGGUUCAAUAAGCAGCAAGCAAAGAAGUAGUGCUCAUUUUAGAAGCCACUCAUCUGAUGAAGACUUGACUCAAAAUCUUAGUGGCUUAGACUGUGAGGAGACGAAUGCUGAAGACUCAACUCAAGUGAAGACUGAUUCAAUGGAACAAGAGCCAGCUGCAGAAUCAGAACCAAAUAUGUCGCCACGUUUCCGUGGCCUUGGCAAAAACUUGACUAAUCUCGAAAUACCAAAGAGAAAAGAACUGUUUGAGAGAUCAGAGAGUGAAAACCAAGCUGGUAAGUUGGUUUGCUACAGUAGCCCUCUGGAAUCCCCAGUGGAUGGUUUUGAAACUACAGAAGAAGAAACAUUUACUUCAGAUCAGGAACGCAUGAGUCGCACGAAAAGCUUGCCUGAGCAAGAUCAUGAAGAAGGGAGUGAAGUGGAAACAAUUCCUGAAGAAUCAAUUCUUAAAAGGAUCAACUCACACAAAGGAAUGAAAUCAUACCAACUGGGGAAGCACUUGUCUUUCAGAUGGACAACUGGAGCUGGACCGCGCAUUGGUUGUGUGAGGGACUAUCCUUCCGAGCUCCAGUUCCAAGCACUAGAGCAAGUUAACUUGUCUCCAAGAAGUGCUGCCCGUUCGAGAUUAUACUUUUCUCCUCGGAUCGCAAGCGGAUUGAGUCCAAAGGUGUCAGCCCCACCAACAAACUGUGGUGGGGAAAUGGCAGCAAGCGGAAAAUUUUCCACACCAGACGAAGUGAAUCUAUCAUCUUCAACAAGUAUUAACCCUCCUAGAACACAGCCGUCCCCAUUGUUCAAACUUGAGACAGAACCAUCAAUAACCACAACCGCUAAUUCUCAGGAUUAAGAACUAACAGAUUCCUUAAUUGAUUUGAUUUAUUCUUUUUUGUGUGAAUAGAAAGAAUCAUAUAGGAAUUUUUUGUCAUUCUUUUCUAAUUUAAAGUCGAUGUAUACAUAUUUUUUUGUUUGAUUCAUCUCUAGAAAACAAAGAAAAAAAGUGAUGAAAAUUGUAGUAUUUGGGCGGGUUUUGAUGCCCAGAUAAAUACAAACUUUUCUUAAAGCAGAA